AAUGCCUGUUCAGUAAAUAAUGCCCCCUCCAUACGAAUGCAUGAAUGCAACACCCUCCAUACGAAUUCCCUCAGUCUGUGGGGAAGACUCAGUAAGAGCAAAAACAAGUCACAGACAGAAACAAACAGGCAGACAGACAGAGAGACAGACAUUGUGGCAAAAAGAAAAGGACAUAUAGUUAUUGUGAUACAGAAACAGAGAGAAGGGAGAGAGAUAUUGAGAAAAGAGAGAGAGAGAGAGAGAGAGAGAGAGAGAGAGAGAGAGAGAAAUAACAGCAGACAGAGGACACGGGGAGUAACCAGAACGUGAAGCUAGUACAAACAGAGAGAGGAAAGGUGUGUGUGUCAUGUUUGACUCCAGCAUGCUGCUGCUGGCUGGUCUGGUGAUGGUCCUGCUGCUGCUGGCCUGGAGGAGGAGGGGGACACGGGGGCUUCCACUGCCCCCAGGCCCCACUGGACUACCCCUGCUGGGAAACCUGCCCCAAGUGGACAAGAGAGCACCCUUCAAGACCUUCAUGAAGUGGAGUAAGCAGUAUAGGCCGGUCAUGACUGUGAACCUUGGGCCUGUGCGGAUAGUGACCCUCAGUGGGUACCAGACAGUGAAGGAGGCCCUAGUGGACCAGGCUGAUGACUUCACAGGAAGGGCACCACUUCCGUUCUUGAACCGGGUCGUCAAGGGAUACGGCCUGGCAAUCAGUAAUGGUGAGCGCUGGCGUCAGCUGAGACGCUUCACACUGAGCACGCUCAGAGACUUUGGGAUGGGCCGCAAGAAGAUGGAGCAGUGGAUUCAGGAGGAGAGCAGACACCUGCUGGAGAGCCUGAGAGAAACCAAGUCGGCCCCUUUUGACCCCACGUUCUUCCUGAGUCGUGCCGUGUCUAACGUGAUUUGUGCUCUGGUGUUUGGACAACGCUUCAGCUACGAUGACACUAACUUUCUGCGUCUGCUGGAGAUUAUCUCAGAUGUGUUUCGCUUCGGAAGCACACCAUGGGGACAGCUGUACAACAUCUUCCCCCGUCUGAUGACUUACGCACCCGGCCCCCACCAAAAAUUCUUCCAACGCAUUGACAAACUUAGGGAGUUUGUAAUAGGGAAGAUCCACCAGCACAAGGAGACUCUGGACCCAGACAACCCUCGAGACUUCAUCGACUGUUUCCUCAUCAGAAUUGAGCAGGUAGGCAGGAGACAACUAAUAUGAUUUAUAGUGGGCUAGCUGAGUAAACCCAUAUGAAAAAGGUCUACAAAAAUCAUGUAGUAAUCAUACUUUUCAAAACAUUUCAAUAUAAUUCA